AUAGUUCUCUAUUUCAUUUGAAAAAGAGAGAGAGAGAGAACCGACAAUAUUUACUUUUUCUUAUUAGUUCUAUUUAUACCUUGUUAAGAAUUCUAAAGUGAUGAUGUAAAAUUGUUGUUGUAUUUUUGUUUAAUUCCUCUCUCUUCCCUACUAUAAACCCCAAGUCCGGCUCCGGCGAGACCCAACACAACAGCUCGGCGGUCCGGCUCCGGCAAGACACUCUGAAGGGAGCGGAAAAAUGGGCAUGUCGGCGGCAAGCUCUGUCAAUGAAGCUAUGAAACUGUGCAUAUUUGAUUUGAGAAGGGGACAACAUGAAGGGCAGGAGUUGGACAAGAUUUUAUUUUUCUUUCCUGCUGAUUUGCCUUUCCCCACCCAACUCUCUGUGAUAGGGCUUAGUGAAGGGCUCAUAACAUUCACCAGAAUAUUCUCCCCCGAGGCUCCGUGUGAGGUUAUUGAAGCAGAGAUGCACUCACAUGUUUUCUAUGAGGCAGAACGUGAUAUUUGGAUGGUGAUGGUGGUGGAGAAAAGUGAGUCAGAAGCCAUAUGGCGGACUGAUGCUUUACGAAAUGUUCUUAAAGAAGUUCACUCUCUCUUUGUGAUGUUUCACGGGUCCAUCAGAGCAUUACUCGAUAGAGAACCGAGUGGAGGGCUUACCAGGACGCAUUUGUAUUAUUUUGUUAUGGAUUAUUUAAGUGCAUUUGAAAAGCGGCCUUCAUUGGAAUUGUGCUGCUGGGAUUUUCUUUCUGGCAAGAAGCUUCACUUGCCAAAUUUCCGUGAUUGUCUGAAGGAGCGUGGAAAAGUACAGAUGUUGACUAUUGGGAGGGAAGCAGCACUUGAAGUUCAGUCACUAGUAAGAGUGCUAGAAUCAUGUGCCGGCUGCACACAGUGCUACUCACUGAUCAUGUUCCAGGACCUGCUGGUUUCCACAACU